UUAAACGCGUCAACGCGGAACGCGCGAUUAGAAGUCACGAAGUGUUACAACAUUGCUGAUUGACAAGUAGUUUUUUACGUGUAUUAAGAUUAAGUUUUGACAUGGCAGCGUAUAUUGUCACAAACGCUUUGUCACGAACAGCUCGAAAAACUUUACAAUCUGUUUCUGCGUUGAAAUACUGCACAAAAAUGGCACCUAUAUACAAGACAUUAUCAGUAUCUAGUCCAAAACCGUUUGUUUAUCUGGUCAACCUGAACAGACCAGAAAAACUGAAUGCCAUGAAUCCAACCAUGUGGAAGGAAUUUAAAGAAUGUUUUGAAGAAUUAGCAGAAAAUCCCGAGUGUCGAGUAGUUGUUUUAUCAGCUGUUGGCAGAGUAUUCUGUGCAGGACUUGAUCUUCAGGGAAUGGUGGAAUUAGGUAAAACUUUAGGACAGCAUGAGGAUGUUGCUCGUAAGUGCAAAGUCUUGGAACUUCACAUUAAAAACUAUCAAGAGACAUUUACCGCCAUAGAAAAGUGUCCCAAACCAGUAAUAGCUGCUGUGCAAGGUGCAUGUGUCGGUGCAGGUGUGGAUAUGAUAUCUGCAGCUGACAUACGUUAUGCUACUACCAAUGCAUACUUUCAAAUCAAAGAAGUUGAUAUAGGCUUAGCUGCUGAUGUCGGUACACUUCAAAGAUUUCCAAAGAUAAUAGGCUCUGAUAGUCUAGUAAGAGAGCUUAUUUAUACCGCACGGAAAUAUCCAGCAAGUGAAGCACUACAAAGUGGAUUCAUAAGCCGUAUAUUCGAUAAUGAAGAUAGCUUGUUGAAUACAUCGAUAGAAAUUGGUGAAAGUAUUGCGAAGAAGAGUCCAGUUGCGGUCCAAGGUUCAAAAAUAAGCAUAGUAUAUUCCAGAGACCAUACAGUUCAAGAAGGACUAGAUCAUAUUGCAAUGCAAAACAAAGUAAUGCUUCAGAGUGAAGAUUUGGCGAAUUCAGUCAUGACACAGUUUGCUAAAGGUGAUCCUCCAGUAUUUUCGAAGUUAUAAGAUUUGUAACAGUUUAUUUAGUUAUACUUUCACUUGUUGGAAUGGAAUUUACAGUAAAGAGGUAUACAUAUAAAUUUAUAUAUAUCGAAAAUAUUAUACAUAUUUUUUU